AUGUUCCCUACGUCUCAGCAUUGGCUUCAGCUUGCGAUUGUAGCACUUCUUACAGCCUUCACAAUCUUGAACGUCUUCCGGUUCCUCUAUCCAGCAUCUUUGGAGUUUUUCCGCUCAUACACAUUUAUUGGGGACGACUUCCCCAACGAAUUGCCUCUUCGAUUGGAUCAUAUCAUUGUUGCCUUCAAUGACACCAUGGACUUCAGACUUCACGAUGUCCAGAAGUGGCAGACAAUUUUUCCUGGAGGAGGAGGGUGGGUGAAUCUCGGUCCACAGGGUCGACCGUUCUCCGUUUCCAUGUUUCACCAACUUCACUGCCUGAACGGUAUCCGCCAUGCCAUCUCCCAGUCUAGUGCAGCUGCGUGCAACAACACGACUAUGGACCCCAAGAUUCUCGGCCACACGAGCCACUGUUUCAACUUUCUACGUCAGGCUCUUCUUUGCAAAGCUGACACCACCUUGGAGCCGACCACCAUUGUUGACCUUCCGAAGGGAGCGCACGGGGCAGCUGCUUCAGGCAACGGAGUGCUUCACAGAUGCGUGGAUUACCCGUCUGUGUAUCAUUUCUUGGAAAGAAAGCACGCUGAACGCACUGCUUUGCGUGGCAACACAACGAGCUAGGUUGAAUCUAUGUUGAUGGUGAGCAUUUCUUGUUGAAUUACGGACAUUGCUGACGUCCGCCGUGCAAUCUUAGGCGGUGCCAUUAUAUAGAGUCCGAGUAAGCAGGUCGUGAGCGAUAUGGCUGUGUACAAAAGUCAAUUAUGUUUUUGUGUCCACAUGAUAUCCCAAAUUACAAAGUCGUUAGACUGUCUCUGUUCUUUCUCGCCGCCUAAAAAUUACACAUAUCUCCCCUCAGCUGACCCUG